CGCGCAUAAGAUAGAGAACUGCUGUCUCACCCUUGGAGGUGCACUGAACGAGAAAACAGGGGUGAGCGAGAUUCACACUCAAGUGGAAGGACUUUACAUGUGUUUACCUGGGUCACCAUGGUGCCAUCACAGCAGAAGCUUAAGAGCUUGGUGAUGAAGUCUGCCCUUAGCUUUGUGUUUGGAGCGGUGGCUGGAGGUACACUUGGAGCCACGGAGGUACCAGUGAAUCAAGUCGCAACUGAGAUUGUCUCAGGAACCCUACUGAAGCCCAUCACAGAUGGCAUGAAGACCGUUGGGGCUCUGGGACUGGGCACUCUUCUAGGAGCUACGGCACUCACUACAUCAAUGACAGCAGCGGUAAUAGGGAUCACCAUAGCCGCUUCUGUUGGCUUGUUGCUAUUAAGAACUCCAGCAGCUCUAGGUGGAAUUACAUGGACUGCAGCAGGACUGACCGCGGCCCUGGCCACAACUUCAAGCGGUGCAGCACUUGGGGCCAUCAUUGAAAAACUUGUGAGCUACGGAGUAGUCAACCUGCUCUGGGCUUUGGGGAUUUUCACAGUGUUGAAACUAUUAAUGCACAUUGUUGUGCAGUUUACGUGCAGGGAAAGAGAUUGCUGUGGGAUUCAGGGAGUCUGUACUGAGGAUAGUGAGAGUGAACAAGUGAGACUAGAUGCUUUGGAGGUAGAACAAAGACAGCGAGUCGCAGUGGAGAUCGAACAGAGGAUCAUCGCUCUUGAGAUGGUGAAAACGGGUGAGGAAGGGAAAGGAUUAGAACUUCGAGCCACUUGGGAGGCCCAACGAAGAAAAAGAGAAGAGGUAGAGAGACAACAAUGGCAGGCCCUUGAAGUAGAAAUGAAGCAGAGGAUUUCUAGACGGCACCUGCUCAAAGUGGUGGGAAAAUACGUGGAAUUUCUUGUCUUUUCUGGCAUUCCGAUGACUGUUACUGCUUCUGUGACCGCUGGCUUUGGGAUCUUUGGGUUUGGAGAUUACAGAUUUGUUUUUGUGAUCCUCUUAGUUCUGGUGUUGAUCAUGUCCUUUGGGCUAAUGAGGUCACGGCAUUUGGACUUUUGGAUGUUUACAGGCUGCAUGGCAAUGUUUGCCACGUUUGCCAUCGCUGUGCUUACUGUUCAUGCUGGGCAAGAGGUGGCAGGGAUGUCUGUUAAAAUGCACAAGGCAGGACAAGCCAUAAGCAAGCAGAACAUCAGCAUUCGUAUAAUGCACACAUCCUCCGUAGAAGCAAUAUCUGCAGGAUUCUUUGUGUCCAAAGUAUCUCAGGUUGGUUUAGGGGCCACAGUGGGUGGUCCAAUGGGCCGAGAGGCAGGAGGAAAGGCGAUCGUGGGGGCAUGCGUAACAGCUGUGGCUGUUUUGUCUUUAGUCGAAGUGUCAUCGCAGAUUGUGGGAGUUGGAGGUACAGCAGGGGCUUUUUUGGGGGCAGUUGGAGCAGCAGGUGUGGCCAUGGGCGGUGCUGCAGCUGUAGCAGUAAAAUCAUCUUCAUGGGGAGGGAUAUUAGCAACUACUGCUGGAAUAUUCUUUGGUUUUUUGGUAUUUGGAAAAUGGGACAUUGUCAACAUUGGACUUCAGGUAUCUGUGGCAUAUAUUUUUGCCAUGACAAAUCUUUACUGAAAUGCUCUGAUGUAAUAUUACAGCAGAGGACUUAGUGUCAUGCCAUAUCUGAUCAGUCAACUUAUUUUGUAUUGUGAUUAUAUUAAUUUAAUUGUAUAUGUACAGUAUAUUAGUGUUGAUGUUUUUUUUAUAUUACAGUAAGUAAUAUUAAAAUGACAAUACUCUGUUAAAUGUAAAAUUUAUUCACACUUUUUUGUGGAUAUUUUACUUCAGCAAUGUUCCACUGAUUUAAGCCUUUCAAAUAAAAUAAAAACAGCACUGGACUAGCAUA